UUUUUCCUCACAGACUGCUCUUUGGCUGAGGGGUUGCUCUCGCAUUAUUGCAAAAAGAAACGGAUAUGUUCAAUGUCAAAGCGAAUCUUUUUUUUAUUUGAAUACGUGGUCCGCAUGGAAACAACGAACGGCUUGCAGGAAUGACAGAUCAUUGUGCGUUUUCACAUUGCGUUGGAUUUGAUGCAGUAAGAGGGUUAAUGUUUGAUAACAGAAAGCCCCUAGAAAUGAUCCUGUCAUCUUGCGCAGCUUCAUGUAUGUCCUGAUCAUCGUCAGCACUUUAACUGUCGCCGCAUUCCUCCCUCCGCUGUGUUAAACCAGUCACAGCACGGACAGUAUUACAAUGGACACAGAUUCCAUCCACUCUGGUUAUUCUCACCACUCCAACAGGUCACGGGGGUCAAACAAACAGAGUGAACGCAGCAGCAGGGAUCGGCACAAAUCACACAGCCGAGACAGCAGCAGCCGCUCAGACAAAAAUGUCACCAUCAGUGCAUCGUCAGCUCAGCCACAGCAGCCGGAUCAGAGCUCCGCCCCCACAGACGCCCAGGAUGACAACUGGGGCGAAACCACCACAGCGGUCACUGGAACAUCAGACCACAGCUUGUCUCAAGAGGAUUUGGCUGGCUUCGGGAAGGAGACAGAAGGUCCAGUAGAGAAAUUGAACUGUGUACGCUUCCUUCCUUUGGCCCUCAUCCUCCUCCUAGGCCUGCUGGUUCUGAUCACCCCCCUGUCCUUCCUGGUGCUGCCCCAGCUGAUGUGGCCAGAGCGCCUGCAGGCUUGUGGUACUGCCUGUGAGGGCCUGUUUCUCUCGCUGGCGUUCAAGCUCCUCAUUCUGCUGCUGGCUGGUUGGGCGCUGUUUGUGCGACCGGCGCGAGCCUCCCUGCCCCGGAUAGCAGUGUUCCGCGCCCUGCUGGGGUUGCUCACGCUCCUCCUGCUGCUCUCCUAUUGGCUGUUCUUUGGAGUGCGCAUCUUGGACUCGCAGGAUGAGAACUACCAAGGCAUAGUGCAGUUUGCAGUAUCACUGGUGGAUGCUCUGCUGUUCAUCCAUUACCUGGCAGUGGUUCUGCUGGAGACCCGACAUCUGCAGCCCUGCUUUUCUCUCUGUGUCGUGCGCUCCACUGAUGGAGAGACUCACCACUAUAACCUGGGACAGCUCAGCAUUCAGCGGGCAGCCCUGGUAAUUCUUGAACACUAUUAUAAGGAUUUCUCAGUUCACAACCCUGCCCUAAUGACGGCUGCAAAGUCCAGGGCAGCUAAACAUCUGGCUGGGCUAAAAGUCUAUAAUGUAGAUGGUGCUGGUAGCGAUACUGCAACCUCUCAAUCUCGGGCUAAAAUAGCAGCUGCCGCCCGACAGAGAGACACCAGCCACAAUGAGCUGUACUACGAGGAAGCAGAGCAUGAUAGAAGAGUCCGAAAACGCAGAGCACGGCUGGUGGUGGCAGUAGAGGAGGCGUUCACACACGUUAGACGGCUGCAGGAGGAGGAGAAAAAGAAGCUGCCAGGAGAUGAGAUGGAUCCACGUGAGGCAGCGCAGGCCAUCUUCCCCUCCAUGGCUCAAGCACUGCAGAAAUACCUGCGCACCACCCGUCAGCAGCACUGCCACAGCAUGGACAGUAUUCAGGCCCAUCUGGCAUUCUGCAUUACAAACAACAUGACUCCAAAGGCAUUUCUGGAGAGCUAUCUGAUGGCUGGGCCCACACUGCAGUAUACGAGAGAGUGCUGGAGGACCCGGCAGUGGAUGCUGGUCAGCGAAGCAUCGGUCACCAGUCCCCUCCGUCAUGGCUCUGAAUUCCAGCUCAAAUCAUCUGACUUCAGCUUAGUGGUCACCAGCAAAGCUAUCCCUCACCUCAAACUCAGUGAGGAGUACGUCCACCCCAAAUCUCACAAGUUUGUACUACAACUACAGUCCGAGACCUCCGUCUGAUGGAUUCGGUUGCUUUUGUCUGUUUGGUUUUAUACACUUGUAAAUUUUGGACUAGUACUAUUUUGUUUGAAAUUCUUUUUCACUUUUUCACAGUUUAUAAAUGGCAUUUUACAUAAUGGAUGUAUUUUGAUACAAUAUUUGUUAUUACCAAGAACAGAGGAGGGAAAAAAACAAACAAAAAAGAUAUACAUGUACUGUAUGUAUCCGAUUACCUAGUGCUGACUGGUGUGAUUGUGCUGCUUGUCUGUAUGUUUCUUUCUGCAUAGAACAAAUGCUAAUUACAAACUGUGAUAAGCAUCAGACUGAGGCUUCAUUGGUAAAGUUUUUGCAAGUAGAUAUUGUUUAGGAUAUUUAUGUUUGUGAGACAUUUUUUUUUCAGUUGACCACAACAGAUGAGCAUCAGAGCUGGAAUUCUGUAAGAUCUAGUAAGGUCACAAACAUCAGUUAGAAAGUCACAUUUAUCAAUGUCAUGUUACAUAAUAGUGGUAUAAUAGCCAAACAUACAUUUUCAGCCUGUUGGAUUUUUGUUAUUUCUACCAUUUUUAUAUGUUUGGAAGAAAUAUGGGUAAUAUAUUGUGAGAAAAGACCCUGCCUUUUUUGUGAUUAAUAAAUUG